GUGUGUGUGGGUGGAAGGGGGCUGAGUGCGAGUGUGUGCGCGUGCAGGAGAGCGGGAUCUCGCAGAGUGGAGUUGUAGAGGAUGGAGGUCCGACCUGAGCGCUUUAAAGCAGCAGCGGCGAAAACACUUGGCAGGAUAAACCGGGUUCUGGAGAAGCGUCAGGAGAAUGGAGAGACGAUCGAGUUGUCAGCAGAAGGUCGUCCAGAGCUGCGGGAGGAGAAGGAGCUUCCCGUGGUGGACUGUACGUGUUUCGGUCUGCCGCGCCGAUACAUCAUCGCCAUAUUAUCAGGCCUAGGCUUCUGCAUCUCCUUCGGCAUCCGCUGUAAUCUAGGAGUAGCUGUCGUGAGCAUGGUGAACAACCACACCGUCUAUAGAGAAGGCAAGCCGUACAUCGUGAAAGCUCAGUUCACCUGGGACCCAGAGACUGUAGGAAUGAUUCAUGGCUCGUUUUUUUGGGGAUAUAUUGUCACUCAGAUUCCUGGAGGAUUCAUCUGUCAGAAAUUCGCUGCUAACAGGGUUUUUGGCUUUGCUGUUGUGGCCACGUCUGUCUUAAAUAUGCUGAUUCCCACAGCAGCACGAAUGCACUUCGGCUGUGUGAUUUUUAUCAGGAUACUACAGGGACUGGUGGAGGGCGUAUCUUACCCAGCAUGCCACGGGAUCUGGGCGAAAUGGGCCCCGCCCCUCGAGAGAAGCCGAUUGGCCACAACAGCGUUCUGUGGCUCGUACGCAGGAGCUGUGAUAGCGAUGCCGUUAGCUGGAGUCCUGGUGCAGUACUCAGGCUGGUCCUCAGUCUUCUAUGUGUACGGAAGUUUUGGGGUCUGCUGGUAUUUGUUCUGGAUCCUGGUGUCGUAUGAGAGUCCGGCGGCUCAUCCCACCAUCACCCCGGAGGAGAGGAAAUACAUCGAAGAUGCCAUCGGAGAAUCUGCUGGACUGAUGAACCCGCUGACGAAGUUCAACACUCCAUGGCGUCAGUUCUUCACAUCCAUGCCCGUUUACGCCAUCAUCGUGGCCAAUUUCUGCAGGAGCUGGACGUUUUACCUGCUGCUCAUCAGUCAGCCGGCGUAUUUCGAAGAGGUGUUCAAGUUUGAGAUCAGCAAGGUGGGAAUCCUCUCGGCUCUUCCUCAUCUGGUGAUGACCAUCAUCGUGCCGAUCGGAGGACAGCUGGCCGACUAUCUGCGGAGUCACAACAUCAUGACCACCACAAACGUCAGGAAACUCAUGAACUGUGGAGGUUUCGGGAUGGAGGCCACGUUUCUUCUAGUGGUGGGUUUCUCUCACAGUAAGGGCAUCGCCAUCUCCUUUCUGGUCCUUGCUGUCGGAUUUAGUGGUUUUGCCAUCUCAGGGUUCAAUGUCAAUCAUCUGGACAUCGCUCCACGUUACGCCAGUAUCCUGAUGGGCAUCUCUAACGGUGUCGGGACGCUCUCUGGCAUGGUGUGUCCUCUGAUCGUCGGUGCCAUGACCAGAAACAAGACGCGGGAGGAUUGGCAGUACGUGUUUCUUAUUGCAUCACUUGUUCAUUAUGGUGGAGUUAUCUUCUACGGUAUCUUCGCGUCAGGUGAGAAGCAGUCGUGGGCGGAGCCAGAGAACAUGAGCGAGGAGAAAUGUGGGAUAUUAGGAGAAGACGAGCUGGCGAAUGAAACGGAAGAGCUGUACCACUCAGUGGGCGGGGGCUACGGAGCAACCAUCCAAUCAGGUGACCCCAAUGGGGCGGGGCCUGGAGGGGGCGGAGCUGGUGGAAGCUGGGCCUCAGACUGGGACAAAACGGAGGAAUACGUCCAACCUGUGGGAACGAACAGCUUCCUGUAUGGAGGAGAGGGCAAUGAGCCAAUGAUUGUGAGGCUCAGAGAUCGAGAGUAAAACUGGAUGGGAACAGGACAGGGGGAAACAAGGACUGAAUAUUCCUCCCCUACACAAACUGACUGGGAUGGAGGAAGUUGUUUUGACCCAAACUAGAAAAAAAUAACAUAAUUAACAUCAAAUCUUUAUCUGAA